CAAUAAUAGAAGAAGACGCAUAACAUCGAUUAUUGUAAAUGUUGGGGAAUAUUUCCAUCUUUAAAUGAAGAAGUGUUUGAAGGAAUUAUUCCAGGUUUAACAUCUGAAGUCUGCAUGAUAUAAUACUGUAAUUAUGGAGUUUAUUAAAGAGGAGAGUGAGAACAUGAGUGAUCCAGAACACUGCAGAAUUAAAAACGAAGAUACUGAAGAACAAACAGGCCUGUUGGAACUAAAUGAAGUGGAGGAGAAAAAACAUCAGUAUCAGAAACAACAACAAACGACAACUGGAGAAACAUCUUUUAGUUGCUCACAAACUGAAAAUAAUUUCACACAAACAAGUGCUCAAACAGAAGCCAACAAUUCUUUCACCUGCACUCAGUGUGGAAAAAGUUUCAAAGAAAAAAGAGCUCUUAAUAGACACAUACAAAUCCACUCUGCAGAGAAGCCUUUUACAUGUCUUCAGUGUGGAAAGAGCUUCACAUUUAAAGCAAACCUUAAGGUGCACAUAAGAAUCCACACCGGAGAGAAGCCUUUUACAUGCAUUCAGUGUGGAAAGAGUUUCAAACAAAUUGAAGUUCUUACUAAACACAUGAGGAUCCAUACUGGUGAAAAGCCUUUCACAUGUCUUCAUUGUGGAAAGAGCUUCACAUUUCAAUCAAACCUUAAGGUGCACAUAAGAAUCCACACUGGAGAGAAGCCUUUUUCAUGCAUUCAGUGUGGAAAGAGUUUCCGCCUUAAUGAACUUCUUCAGAGUCACAUAAGAUUUCACACCGGAGAGAAGCCUUUCACAUGCCCUCAGUGUGGAAAAAGUUUCAGAAAUAAAGGAUAUCUUAAUAAACACAUUAGAUUCCAUGCUGGAGAGAAGCCUUUUACUUGUCCUCAGUGUGGAAAAAGCCUCUCAUGUAAAGCAGUUCUUAAAAAACACAUGAGGAUUCACACAGGAAAGAAGCGUUUUACAUGUCCUCAGUGUGGAAGGAGCUUCAUAUAUAAAGCAAAUCUUCAAGAUCAUAUAAGAAUCCACACUGGAGAGAUGCCUUUCUCGUGCCAUCAGUGUGGAAAGAGCUUCAGAUACAAAAGCAGUCUCGAUAGUCAUUUGCACAUCCAUUCUGGAGAAAGGUCAUUUAACUGUGAUCAGUGCAGUAAAACAUUUCUUGUGGGAUCAUACUUAAAAAGACACCUGAAAACGCAUGCAGUUGAGAAGCCUUACUUGUGUUCUAUCUGUGGAAAAAGGCUUUCAAGUCAGGGAUAUUUAAAAGUGCACCAGAAAAUACACACCGGUGUGAGAGAUCAUGUAUGUUCUGAGUGUGGGAAAUCCUUCACUACAAUUGAAGGCUUGAAAAGUCACCAAAUAAUUCAUUCUGGAGAAAAACCUCACAAGUGCUCACACUGUGGAAAGAACUUCAAUCGAUCAGGAAACCUGAAAACACACGAGAGAGUUCAUACUGGAGAGAAGCCAUAUCACUGCACUUCAUGUGGGGAAACUUUCAAAAAAUCAAGUAGUUUAAAGGUUCAUUUGAAAAAGCGUUGCGCAAAGUCGCAAAGUGAGCAGAGUUCAUUUUCAGGUCCAAAUACAUCAUUAGAAAUUCAGAUAAACCAAAAGAUGGACUUUCUCCAAACAGAAUUAUUUAAUCAAAUAGAGUAAUGAGCUAAAAUUACCAGUAGUGUAAUUGCAUUUAAAAAUGUUUUGCUGUGAAAUAUAGGGAUGUGCCUGGGUGGUCAACUAAUUGACUUGUCAUCCAACAACUGAAUAACUGAUUAGUGCAUUCAACUAACAUUAAUUUUUUUAGUGGUAGUGGUUUUAAUGGGAGACGCAACUUCUUGGAGAGCGUUUUUGCGUGAUUAUAGCUUGCUAUGCUUAAAAGUGGUUAAUAGUCAGCACAGUAAAACCCUUUGCAAGAAGUUUUGUCUCUUAAAUGCUUUAAGUCCAUUUAUGCAUUGCUGCUGUUACAGCAAUCAAACGCUGCAUCAACAACACAUUAAAAGACAAUCGCUCUCAGACGUUAAAUCCUCUGCUGUGAGUAAUAUUCCCAUAUUUGUGAAGGUUCAUGAAGAGAUUAAAGUCUUUUGCUGAUUUUGUCUGAAACUGCCUAAAUAAAUAGUUGCAGUAAAAUAUGUUUAAACUGCUUGAUGUCAUGAACUCGAUGUGUACUCGUGUUAUCUUGCAGUUCUGCGCUUUUAAGUGCACAGCGAUGGGGACUUCCAAGCUCUCUGUUUACAUUAAAGUGCAUCAUUCUGCGUUCAGGAUGCGCAUACACGUUUUGUGCCACUCCUUAUUGAAGCCAUUCUUAUUUUUUGUUUUUUUAACUUUUGUCUAUGAUAGUUUUGUGCAAUAAGAUGUUAUAGUUAUUUAGCCUAAUUAUUUGUUGCAUAACUGUUAGUAACCAUGAUGAAAUGCUGCGCUUAGCGUCCAUAUAUCCUUCUGAAAUGCGUCUGAUCAGGGUUACAUGAGCCUAUUAUCUUUUGUUGAUUUUGAAAAUUGGUAGUUUUGCACAUCCCUUGAAAUGACCAUUCUUUUUGAGAUACUUUGUGUGUUGUUUGUUCAGUACUAGUAGCAUUAGUAGCCUUUGUCAAACAAUGGCUACAGCAGUGGGGUCCUGGGUAGCUCAGCGAGUAUUGACGCUGACUACCACCCCUGGAGUCACGAGUUUGAAUCCAGGAUGUGCUGAGUGACUCCAGCCAGGUCUCCUAAGCAACCAAAUUGACCCGGUUGCUAGGGUGGGUAGAGUCACAUGGAAUAUAUGACUCUAUAUCUAUAUAAAUAUCUAAUAUCCACCUCCCUGUGGUCGCUAUAAUGUGGUUCUCGCUCUCGGUUGGGCACGUGGCGAGUUGUGCAUGGAUGCCGCGGAGAAUAGCGUGGGCCUCCACAUGCGCUAUGUCUCCACAGUAACGCGCUCAACAAGCCACGUGUUAAGAUGCGCGGAUUAACGGUCUCAAACGCGGAGGCAACUGAGAUUUGUUCUACGCCACCCGGAUUGAAGUGAGUCACUACGCCACCAUGAGGACUUAGAGCGAAUUGGGCAUUCCAAACUGGGGAGAAAUUAAUAAAACAAAAACAAUGCAGUCUAUUGAAUUUCCAUCCAUAUCCUUAGCCGUGGGAACUGAAGACUUUUCACGAUCCAAAUAGCACCAAAAAAGUAUAAUAAAAUUAGUCCAUACAAGUUGUGUUCUCAAUGUUAAAAUUAUUCUAAAGCCGUACGAUCACCUUAUGUGAGGAACAGACCAAAAUAUAACAGCAAGAUUUCCAGUAAAUAAUAACAUAAAUAUUGCUCUGUUCCUCACACAGUGCUUUCGUAUGGCUUUAGAAGACUUUGGAAUAUAUUGCAAAAGUUGUAUGGACUAUGUUAUUAGUGCUUUUUCCUUCAGUUAUUUGUGGAGUUUGACAGCCAUGAGAACCAUCCUCUUUCAUUGAAUGAAAAAAAGCAGUGUGCAUAUCUCCAGAUAUUUUUUGUUUUGUGUUCCAUGUAAGAAAGAAAAACAUAGAGGUGUUGUUUAAUUUUUAAAGACAGAAUGUUAAUUUUUUUGGUCAUCUAUUUCUUGUAUGCAUUAACCUUGGUUACAAGAAGAAAAAAAUGGCAAAUAGCAAUUUGUAAAUAUUAUUGCCUUUUCAAAAUGAAAAUGUUUUACUUGUAUACAUGUUCUCUGUGUUAUUGAAUAUACAGGUGCAUCUCAAUAAAUUAGAAUGUCAUGGAAAAGUUCAUUUAUUUCAGUAAUUCAACUCAAAUUGUGAAACUCGUGUAUUAAAUAAAUUCAA